GAGAGAGAGAGAGAGAGAGAGAGAGAAGAGAUAGAUCACAGAGAGUGAGAAGGAGAUAUGGCUAAAGGAAGAACAGUUUUGGAGGUUGGAGCUGAUGGGGUAGCUGUGAUUACCCUUAUCAACCCUCCCGUCAACUCCCUCUCCUUUGAUGUAUUACUCAGCCUGAAAGAGAAUUAUGAGCAAGCACUGCGAAGGGAUGAUGUGAAAGCAAUUGUUGUCACCGGUUCCGGAGGAAAGUUUUCAGGAGGUUUUGAUAUCUCAGCUUUUGGUGGAAUUCAGAGCGGAAAGAUGAAGGAGGAGCAGAUGAAGCCUGGUUUUAUAUCAAUAGAAAUCGUCACUGACACUUUGGAAGGUGCAAAAAAACCUUCAGUGGCUGCUAUUGAUGGACUUGCCCUUGGUGGUGGAUUAGAGGUUGCAAUGGGUUGCCAUGCACGUAUUUCUACUUCUACUGCACAGCUAGGGUUGCCUGAACUUCAACUUGGAAUCAUUCCAGGAUUUGGAGGAACACAAAGGCUACCACGCCUUGUAGGUCUUACAAAGUCACUUGAAAUGAUCCUGAUGUCAAAGCCAGUUAAAGGGGAUGAAGCUCAUGCCUUGGGCCUUGUUGAUGCCAUAGUGCCAGCAAAUGAGUUGGUAAGCACUGCUCGUAGUUGGGCCUUGGAUAUCGUGGAGUGCAGAAGACCAUGGGUUGCUAGUCUUCACAGGACUAACAAGUUAGAGUCCCUGGGGGAGGCUAGGGAGAUACUUAAGUUUGCAAGAGCUCAGACCCGAAAACAAGCUCCGAAUCUCAAACACCCAUUAGUUUGCAUCGACGUCAUUGAAGAGGGCAUAGUUUACGGACCCCGUGCUGGACUUUGGAAGGAGGCAGAGGCUUUUCAGGAACUCGUUCAGUCUGAUACUUGCAAGAGCCUGGUCCAUAUAUUUUUUGCUCAACGUGGAACCUUAAAGGUUCCUGGGGUCACAGAUCGGGGUUUGGUUCCCAGGAGAAUAAAUAAAGUGGCAAUUCUUGGUGGAGGAUUAAUGGGUUCUGGAAUUGCGACAGCAUUGAUACUUAGUAAUUACCCUGUGAUUUUGAAAGAAGUAAAUGAGAAGUUCCUAGAGGCUGGGAUUGGUAGAGUCAAAGCCAAUCUGCAGAGUCGUGUAAAAAAAGGGAAAAUGACUCAAGAAAAGCUUGAAAAGACCCUGUCGCUUCUCAAGGGUGUUCUUGACUAUGAAAGCCUCAGGGAUGUGGACAUGGUUAUUGAGGCAGUUAUUGAGAAUGUUUCAUUAAAACGAAAAAUUUUUGCCGAUCUUGAAAAAUACUGCCCUCCCAAUUGCAUACUCGCCAGUAAUACUUCCACCAUCGAUUUGAACUUAAUUGGUGAGGAGACCAAGUCCCAUGAUAGGAUUAUUGGCGCCCAUUUCUUUAGUCCAGCUCAUGUCAUGCCACUCUUGGAAAUAGUCCGUACACAGAAGACAUCUCCCCAAGUAAUUGUUGACUUACUAGAUGUUGGGAAGAGAAUAAAAAAAACCCCAGUUGUGGUGGGAAACUGCACUGGCUUUGCUGUGAAUAGGAUGUUCUUUCCCUACACUCAAGCAGCUUUCUUACUAGUGGAGCGUGGUUCAGAUAUAUACCAAAUUGAUCGGGCAAUUACUAAAUUUGGGAUGCCCAUGGGCCCCUUUAGGUUGGCUGAUCUGGUGGGUUUUGGCGUUGCAAUUGCAACGGGUAUGCAGUUUGUAGAGAACUUUCCAGAGAGGUCAUAUAAAUCUAUGCUGAUUCCACUCAUGCAAGAAGAUAAAAGAUUAGGUGAAAAUACUCGCAAAGGUUUUUACGUCUAUGACAAUAAGCGCAAAGCUAACCCAGACCCUGAGAUAAAAAAGUAUAUUGAGAAAGCAAGGAACAUUUCUGGAGUUACAGUUGAUCCCAAGCUAAUGAAGUUGUCAGAUAAGGACAUUGUGGAGAUGACCUUUUUCCCUGUUGUGAAUGAAGCCUGCCGUGUCCUUGAUGAAGGAAUCGCGGUCAAGGCUUCAGACCUAGACAUCGCAGCGGUUAUGGGUAUGGGAUUUCCACCAUACAGGGGAGGAAUAAUAUUCUGGGCCGAUUCUCUUGGAUCGAAAUACAUUUGUUCUAGAUUGGAGGAGUGGUCAAUGAUGUAUGGACAGUUCUUCAAGCCUUGUGCUUACUUAGCAGAAAGGGCAGCCAAGGGGGCUCUUCUGAGUGCACCGAAGGAGCAGGCCAAGUCUCGGCUUUAAGAUUAGCUUGGCUGCAAUCUCAUCUGCUUAGUUUUAUCAUACUUGACACUGAAGAAAGCUGUAUGAGUGCUAAAUUACUUCUCAGACGGUGCUUUUAGGAUUGCAAGAAGAUUCUGCAAUAAAUGCUGUAACCAUUUCUGAUCAAGGUCUUUAUCAGCAAUUUCAGGCAAUCUUAAACUUUCUUAUUACUUCCCAACAUUAAUGAACCUACAAAUUCCUUUUCAUUUUGGUGAUAA